AUGGCGGCGCGAUCGUCUGCCGGGGCUCGCGCACAGCACAAACAGCAGCGCCAAGAAGCUGAAACGGAGCUCACAGACGAAGUGCUGGCGCAAGUGGCCGAAAAUCUUCUUGAGACAUGUCGCCAGGACCUCGGGGCGGACCAGGCGUUCAAAAAGCUCAGGGUCGCCAAACACGCCCACAACCUUGUGGAUGACGUGCUGAAAAAGACUGGCGCCCAGGCUGCCUGGGGCGCUCUUCAGUCGGCCGCCAAAUGCGUCCCGUUCUGUGGCGUGGCCCUUAAGCUCAUCCAAUCUGCUGUCAAUCUAGCCGAGCAGGCUUUCAAAAACAAAGAAGAAGUGGACGCUCUGGCGAAAAAGGUUGAAUCCUUGAAACCAUUGCUCGGCCUUCAAAAGAAAAACAUCUCUACCUUUGUGGGGGCCCUUGAGACGGCUCUCAAGAUAGAAAAGAAGAAGAUCAGCAAGGAUGACGAUGCUGUUCUCUGCCUCAAUCACACGAUCGAUGCCCUGACCGACCUACUCGAAGUACUUGUCAAGAUCGACGUGUUGAUUGAUUUUGUGUCUGUGUCAAGAGAAGACAAGUUGAAAGAGCGAGCUCUCAGAUUCUUCGGUGCCAACACCGUGGCCAAUGCUAUUGAAAAGGCCCGCCGCGAGUUGCUUGGAGCUACCGCCUUUCUGGCCAUACAGAUGGCCAACCUUUCCGCAGUCGAGGACGCACUUGCGAGCCAGGGUGUCAACGUGAACCAAGCUCGAAAAGAUGCCUUUAACAUGCAUCCGAAGCCCGUCCAGCGUCAGUCCUCUGCACCCGCCGUCCUCGACGUCCUGCGCUCGACGAUUGACCCGGCCGAGGACCACCGACACCACCUCGCCUUUUUUUGCGACGGCACGCGGCAGUGGGCCAUUGACCUCGUCAACGAGUGGCUUGCCCUGCCCCCGAGCCACGAGCAGCACCGCGCCUACUGGAUCAACGGUGGCGGCGGUUUGGGCAAGUCGGUCCUGGCUGCCAAGCUACUUGACAUGUGGCAAAAGAGCGACGAAUAUACCACAGCCGCCUUUUUCUGCCGCCACAACGACGCGCGUCACAACGGCGUGGCCGGCGCCUUGGAGGCGCUCGCCUUGCAGCUGGCCGACCAGAUUCCCGCAUUUAAAAAAGCCUUAGAGAGAGACCUCGAGGAGUGCGAUGACGUGCGGCGCUUGUUGGGUGCGCCCGAACGUGACAUCAAAGAAAAGUUUGAUAUUCUGCUCGCCACGCCAUUGGACAAGGUGACCACCCCCAUCAUUCUGGUGAUUGACGCCCUGGACGAGCUGCGCCCAGGCACCAACCGCACACUCUUUCUCAACAUGGUCGGCAAACUCUUUUCAUCCCUGAAGUCCAACGUGCGCAUCGUCGUCACCUCGCGACUAGAGGACGAGAUUGUCGAGCCCAUGACACGUCUCAAAGCAUUGGGCCUGGUCAAGUACACUGCCAACGCGUCCGAGGCCGUUUCCGAACAAGAGGCCGAUGCCUUGCGUGCUAGCGAGCACCAGCGGAAAGAUGUGUGUUGCUACUUGGACGCCAAGCUGGCGCCCCUCCUGAGCAUUGAAACUUGCUUGAAUGGGUCGGAGCAAGAAGAGCUGUUGCAAUUGGUGCUCAACAACUCACAGAGCGUGUUUGUGGCAGCACGGUUGGCGGUCGAGCGGAUCAAGGAGGCGAUUCACCAAUCAAGCCCAGCGUGCUCGCUCACCAAAGACAACUUUGCCACCCUGGCCACUGUCAGCUUCGACGAUACCUACAAGGCCACGCUUGAGCGCAUCAAGUCUCGCAUCAACUCCGCCGAGGGGGUCGACGAAGAACAGCAAAGUGCCCUGCUGGCAGCACUCAAGCGGUUGCUGGCGGUGCUCUGCUGCGCCGCUGCUCCGCUUACUCCUGAGCAACUGCUCGUGUUUGGGAGCGAGUAUCCGGGGCAAUUGAAAGGCAGCUUGGCGCAGCUCUUGCUUAAUGCGCUCUCGCUCAUGUUCGCCCAAUCAGCGGGUACUGGACGCGUCGAGCCGAUCCACAAGACGGUCACCGACUUUCUGUGUGACCCAGCCAAGGCGGGUGAAUUUGCUGUGGACCAGGCCCAGGGCUACGCACUCCUAGCGUUGGCCAGCGCACGCGUACUUGAGGACCAAUUGGAGGAUGGGUGGCAGGAAGCAGACCCCGACCUGGAACAUGCGCUGUUAUAUGGUCACGUCUAUCUGGGGCAGGCGGCGGCGGCGGUGGCUGAACCAAGUGAGCCGGUUAUAACAUAUGCGGCAUGGACCCUGCUGAAAAACUCCAUCGACACCUGGAGCAGCCUCUUGAUUGAAGAGCGCAAAGAGAUCAAGACAUGGAGUGAAGGUGGUACUGUGAAGAUGUGCACGAGCAACCAUUCAGCGACUCAGCUCUUUGGACUCUGGACGCUCGGUCAGGUCAAGCUCUUUCAGGCUCGGCGAUAUCAGCUGCGACCAGAGCUUGCUGAGGCUUGUUCUUAUCUUGCCAAGCUGGCAGACGGCGCCGAGGCCGUGAAGGUCAGCAAGCUGUUUAAGGACUUUUACAGCCAAUUUGCAGUUGAAUGGACGCCACAGACUGGGGCUGAGGCGGACAAGAUUGGAUUUCAGCGCAUCACAGCGCAUGUUUCCGUGGAUAGCAUGCUAUAUGCCAGUGGCUGGACAAGAUUGUGUGCUACACUGCUCGACACAGCUCGAUGUGUUGCAAGGUUUCCAGAGCAGGCAGGCGCAAGCUCCGAGGUCAUGCGAGUGCUCCAUGACGACUUUGUGACGAGCGUAGGGUUUUUACCGGACGGGCGUUACGUGGGCCACGACGCUCGUGUGACGAGCGUGGGGUAUUCACCGGACGGGCGUUUCGUGGUGAGCGGGUCGUGGGACAAGACGCUGCGUGUGUGGGAUGCGUUGACGGGCGCCUGCCUCCACACCCUCUAUGGCCACGACGACAUUGUGAUGAGCGUGGGGUAUUCACCGGACGGGCGUUACGUGGGCCACGACGACUUUGUGAUGAGCGUGGGGUAUUCACCGGACGGGCGUUACGUGGUGAGCGGGUUGUGGGACAAGACGCUGCGUGUGUGGGAUGCGUCGACGGGCGUCUGCCUCCACACCCUCUAUGGCCACGACGACAUUGUGAUGAGCGUGGGGUAUUCACCGGACGGGCGUUACGUGGUGAGCGGGUCGUGCGACAAGACGCUGCGUGUGUGGGAUGUGUCGACGGGCGCCUGCCUCCACACCCUCCAUGGCCAUGUUGGCCCUGUGAUGAGCGUGGGGUAUUCACCGGACGGGCGUUACGUGGUGAGCGGGUCGGAGGACACGACGGUGCGUGUGUGGGAGGUCUGA